ACUGAGGAGCCUUAUAAAGAACUCUUAUUGACUCAAAUAUCCGCUGAAACAAAAUAUACUGAUCACGCUCAAUGGAUCAAACUAAAGACUUCACAAAAGCUUUCUUCUAUUAUUCUGAAAGUUUCCGAUAUUUCACCAUUGAAGCAAAUAAAAACCCUACAAAUUUUUUACAAUUCUAAUAAUGUGGGAAGCAUCAGCGAACUAAAAGGGCGUAUGGAAGAGUGGCGUCUACUUCAAACUGCUUGUUUUUCUCCUGGCCAAACAGAACUCAAAGUCGAGUUUCCUAUUCCGUGUGUAGCUAAUAACCUCAUGAUUGAUUUUAGUGCUUUUUAUGAAAGUCCGAGUCUUGCUUUUGAGCGUUUAGUUUGCCUUCGCUGCAACAAAGUAGUUACUGACAAGCACGGUAUUUGCGGAAUUUGUUGGGAAACUGCUCAUCAGUGCCGUGCUUGUCGUAGUAUCUAUUAUGAAAACUUGAAGGCCUUUUUUUGCAUCGAAUGCGGUUACUGCAAAUACGCAAGGUUUGAAUUUCUUUUAUAUUGUAAGCGAGCUCUUGUCGACGAUUUCAUUAUUAAAAAUGACGAUGAUUUGGACAAAGCAAAAGAAUUGGUUGAUAAGUAUUUAAAUACUAUUUACACAUCUCAGCAGCGCUUAAUGGAGUAUAAGCGAGAACUUCUUGAAUAUUUUGUUCCAGAGAAUAGGCCCAAUAGUGAUUCUUCUCUAAAGACUUUUCAAAAAAUAUACAAUUCUGACUGCAAAGCCGAGCACGAAAUAGUAGUAAAUAAUUUUUACAAACUUAUACUUUUGAAGGAAAAAAUUCGUGCUUACCAAAAUUCCUUUGAAGAAGCUUCAUUGGCUCAUAACUAUGCUUCAGUGGCCUCUACUACAUCCUGCUGGGGUUGUUCUAAUUUGUGGUUCGCUAAUGCCCUUCGGAUUUUCAUUGACUACUCUUCUUUGGAAACCCCAAAGUUUAGCUGCCCUUCUGAUUCAUUAAAUCUUUUGAAGAAUAUAUACUUUUCGUUCCGGCAUUCCCCGCACCUGAACGUUUUGAAAAGAAAACUUUUGUGUUUGUUGCUUAAAAAUGACGAAGAAUUACUGAAACUCCUUCUCAACUUAAUAAAUAGCAGCUUGCAAAAAUUUCUUAGCGCCGGCGGAUGCAAUGGAUUCACAGUUUUUCUUUAUAAUAAUGUUUUAUUAUUAAAAGAGUUAAGCGCAGUUCUGGAUAUAGAUAGCUACUGGGAAUCUUUAUUAAAAACUAUAUUUGGAAUUUUUAAAGAGUCUAUUGAUAAAAUUGGCCCGUUGGUGGCUCAUUGCGUUACUCUUCCAUUAUUGGACAUUAUUACUACCCAAUGCAAAAUCGAAAAUAGCGUUUUACUUGAACAAAACGUUUUGCCUUCGUUUUCUUGCGAAAUGGAACUACUAUUAUUGGCCAGUUACGCUGACUGGAAGGACGAGCACGUAUCCUUUAAAAAAUGGUGUGUCCGUUAUAACAAGGUAAGCACUGACGUCUUGUACGCUGAAAAGUUGAAAUACUUUUUAAGUUGGAAACAAAAAACUCAUAGAACUUUUGGAAAACGGACGAAUGGCGAUUCUAUGGGGCUUUUGCUGAAGCGGCUUCUUUUUACUCCCGUUUCUCCUGAAUUACGAACUGCUACUUGUAAGCUUAUACAAGCGCUCGUCAUAACUCCUUUCCGGCGCUUCAAACUCCUCGAGUUUCUUCUAAGUCUUCUUGGAAAUGUUGGUGAAGCCGAAACACAUUCUAGCGAAUUUGUGAAUUUGUUUAUGGUGCUCUCUGAAGGUGCUACCGAAAAACCUUUUUUGACUUUUCGAGGUAUUUUGCCGCUUCUUUGCUAUUAUAUUUCGAAUGAAAACGAAAAACUUAAAAUUUUAGAAACGACCAAUAAGAAGCCUCGUUUAGAGACCGGCUUCGCCAUGAAAGUUUAUUCGACAAUUCUUCUUGAAUUUAUUACCAACCCAAGUGUGUACGCUCGUUUCAAGAAACUUAAUGCUGUCACUAUCGUUUUUGAUGCUUUUCUGACAUUAAGAUCCCUCCUAUAUAACCGAACAAAGUUUACUAGCGAAGCUGAAACUUCAUUAAAUUCUGUGCUUGACAAACUAACCACUGGCUCAAAAAAUGAAGCACAAAGUUUUAUAAUUGCGUGCUUUGAAAGUCUUUCGAAACGAGCCUACGAGGGCAAUAUUCGACUGUUUCUCUUUGAAAAACUCUGCAAUAUCAUUUGUCCGGAUCCCCCCAAAAAUGAAGUUUUACUUAUUUUAGAAAAAAAAUCAACCCAAGAAGAGUUUAUUCGAGGACGGAUGUCCAAAAAUCCUUAUCGUUUAAGCGAAUUGAUCACUAAAGACUCAAAAGUAACUGCUACUGGAGACUCUUCCGCAGAAACGCCAACUAUGCGUGAUAUAAAAAACAGGAUUUGUGAACAGCUGGAGCUUUUUGGUUUAGUAGAAGACGACUUUGGCAUGGAGCUUUUGGUCCACGACAAAAUCAUCAAACUUGAGCUGCCUGUUGAAGGUGUAUACGAACACGUUUGGAAGCCUCACUUUAUCAACUCUAACAAACCGAACACAAAAGUUCCUCCAAUGGUCGUCGUUUACCGCUUGCAAGGUUUGGACGGCGAAGCCACUGAAGAUAUAGUAGACUCCAUUGAAGCUUCCGAUGAUGAGGAUGUUAAUACGGAAUUAAAAUAUGAAAUAACAAAAGUCUUGCAGCAGUGCGACGGGCUAGUUAUAAUGAUAAAAAUGCUAAGUGAUAUCGUCGAUUUUAAAGCUUCAAAAAACUUAACUUUGCUAAUAUUGAAACUUUUGAGCUGUUCUAUGAUAAAAAGCAAUAUUCUGGCUUUGAUUUGCGACAAACAGUUUAACGCUGUGGAACUUUUACUAAACACUCUAAUAAAUGCCUUUUCAAAAAAUGCGCACGUAAACAUUAUCCACCGGCUUCUUCUCCUUAUAGAAACGCUUGUCGAGGCAGCCAAUGAAAACUUUUAUUCUACUCCUCUUAACGGCUCUCUAUUUCAAGACCAUGAAAAGCUUAUUGGGGACUACCAGCUUUCAGUAUUUUUAGAGAAAAUGAAUGACACCGAAAUUACGGCCAAUAACAAAGUGUCUAAAGCCAUGGCCAGCAUUCUGCCCUACUUAACUUACGGAAGAGAAACAAAUAUUAACCUCCUUUUGUCCCACUUUUCUUCUCUUAACUUUGAGCGCCUCGACGUGGACGCUUCACUCGAAAAAUGCAUGAUUCACUUUUGCCAGAUGGUCACUUCUCUUAAAGAAAAUUCAACAGGAACCCACUUGAAGAUGGCCAUCAUUAGACAAGGAAUAGUCGAUAAUGCCGUGAAUUAUAUUUCCGAGUGUAUUCCCGAACAUAUUUUUGAUAAUAAUGGAGUAUCGCAUGAUAAUUAUGACAUUUCUGAACUUCUUUCGAAACCUUCUCUUCCUUACGCACUAGAAUUCUUAGCAGGAAUGGCUCGCAAUAACCUUCCAUCUCAGAAAAUUAUACAGAAAUGCAUUAAACCUCUUCAUGUUUUAGAACGCGUUACGUCAUUGGAUAGUGUUUGCGCUACAAAGAAACAAUCAAAGCGAGCAGAUGUGGGAACUCUUGCUGAAAACUUGUUGGAAUCCUUAACAGAUCCUGUUAUAAAUGAAGCAGUUCAAACUGUUCGGGAAGCUACAAAAGCCUCCAAUAGGAGACUUGCCCUCGCCAAAAGAAAUCAACUUUUAAAGGAAAUGGGCUUUAAAACCGAAAAAGGAAAGACCAUUAUCGUCCCUGCUGAAGAGCCAAUAGGAAUGGGGGAUUUGGGUUUUUCUGAAGACUCUGGCCACACGUGCCUCAUCUGCCGGGAAGGAUACCUUUACAAGAGUGAAGAAGUUUUAGGGGUUUACGUUUAUUAUAAAAAAAUCCUAUUGGACGACUCCGAUAUGCUAGAAGCUAAGGAUUCUCACGACAGUUCCGAUUGUGUAGGAUCUUCUAACUUGUCUCAGUCGGCCCCUCUAUUGGGCCGCUCGGCAUCUCUAUUGGAUCGGAAGAACAGUGACUUUUGCAUUGUUAAGGACGAUCCUUUUCAAGGAUAUUCCACUGUUUCUCAUUUUAAUAUCGUUCAUUUUUCUUGCCACGAAGAAGCAGUUCGCAUUGACAAAACUAAAGGAAGACAUUCACUUUCUGAAUGGGAAGGAGCCACUCUUCGUAACGAUAAUACAAAGACGAACAAUUUAUUUCCAAUCUGCGGCCCAAAUAAUAACAUGUAUCCCAUUUAUGUGGAAAAAUACUUUUGCCGCAUGUCCAUUUCGAACGAUUUGGCGCGUUUCCGUUGUGUCGUCCACGACUUAAAAACAUUGUUGAAACGUUUUGCCUGCCGAAAAUCCUUCAGCGAAGACAGUUUAGGAGGCGGAAGAGAAAGCAAUAUUGGUCUUGUGAUUUAUCAACUUCAACUUGGGUUGUACCUGCUUGACGUUAAAGGUGACCAACGUAAAGUUUUUGCACCGCUUUUGUUUUCUUUUUUGGAGACUUAUGAAACUGAAGUGGAUUCUCCCGAUAACGCGCUCUAUUUCCUCGCGCUCUCUCUUUUUAUUUUCUCUCAUGAUGAUUGGCUAACGCAUCGAUGCGAGUUUUUAAAGCGCGUUAUUAGAUUGGCUCACUCGUUAUACAAUUCUGAAGCUACGGAUGAGAAACUUAUUGGCCCUCGUAACCCCAGCAACUUUAAUUUAACCAAUUUUAGUGAACCCGCCGUUUUCAGCGUUUAUAAGCCAUUCAUUGUUUAUUGGAUUUUUAUUGAUCAGAUUCAACAAUUUACAAAAGGAGCAGAAUGUUUUUCUUUGAAAAACAAAAUUUUGAAAUCUCCUCGACUGUAUGAACUUUUUUGCAGUGCGGAUCUUCAAUUAUUAGAAAUGGCUAAAAAGAUGCUUAAAACAAUCAGCGCUCAAUGCGAAUCUCAGGACUGUUUUGAAGCCUUAUUUUCUUCCUCUCAAUACUCUUCUCUUAUUGGUGAAGAAACUUCGGAGUGCGUCUAUGUACUUCAGUGUUAAUGGCUAACAUUCAUCUGACUGGUAAUGGCAAUUA